AUGGAGUCGUUUUCAAUAUCCCCAAUGAAGUCCAGAUGGUCGGUGUUAACGGAUAAUACAGAUAUUGAUGAGCCACGACGUAAAAGCUGGUGGAAAAAUUUGAAUGAGAACUCACAAGAUUUCAUGGAAGUGUUAGAGGACAACAAAGCAACAGACUCCAACAAUUCUGUUGAAGAAAUCAGUGAUAUUGAAAUUAUUAGCCAAGAGGACAAAAAUUAUUCUUCAUUAGACUUACCAGAAAGUAGUGAUAAUGAAUCAAUUCAAAGCAUAAAACUUACCGAACGUCAACUAUUCAAACAAAAAGAGAAUAAAUCACAAAGGAAAUUUGACCAACUUAUUAGCGCGAGAGAUACGUUAACCAAACUACACAAGAGUAACACUACUUUCCAUGAUAAGACAAUUACGGCAGGCACUAAGGAGUUAUUUCAAGGCACUAGAAAGUCAAAACCAGCAUUUUCAGCAUUACUAAACAUAUCUGCCAACAAAACAACUUUAGAUAAGACAACAGAAAAUGUUGUUGCAGAACCAAAAGUACCAGUUAAAAAUAUAUUUGGUAACAGACCUGCUAAAAAACGUAAGAAUAUUUUUGCUGACUUUAUUGUGUCAGAUAGUGAACAUGAAGUCUCUGAUAUACAAGUCCAGUCAAAACAAAGUUUACUUAAGAGAAUAAAAAAUGAUAAAGCAUUAGAAGACCAAGCUGAUGAAGGUAAAAAACAAGAAAUCUCUUUGAACCUAGAAGAGAUGGUUAGGAAAAAAUACAACGUAAGCCAAGAUGUAGGUGAAGUGGUUGAUAACAAACGCGGUGAUCUGAGAUGUGUUAAUCAAGAUAUUAAAAAUCAAAAUUCUAAUUCUGAAUCAGCAGAUGAUAAGGAAAAUGAAAGCAAACAGAAUGAUGAUUUAACUAACAAAAGUACAGCCAAACAAAAACAAAUGGACUAUAUAUAUAAUACUGGCCUAGAAUUUGAUAAUGAUGAUAAAGCUAGCAGGAGAAGUGAUACUGAAUCAAAUGCAAGUCUAAAAUUGACGUAUGAAAGCGAAGGACAACAAGAAAUAGAUGAAAAUAUUGAUGCUGAUAAAUCUAUUGUCACAGAUGGAGUGUCUGAACAAGAUUAUCAGGAAGAAAUGGAAGUAGAUAAUUGUGAUAACACUAAGCUAGAAUUUAGUAAUGAUAAUAAAAUUAGUGCAAAAAGUGAUAACGAACCUAAAAAAAGCUUGGAACUUGUUAAUAAAAGCAUAGUACACCAAGAAUUAGAUGAAUGUGUUGAUACAAAUAAAGUUAUUGAAGCAAAUGAAGUGUCUGAACAAGUCGGUCAUGGUCAGGUCGAUGAAAUGGCAGUCGAUGAAAAUGAAGAAAACACAGGUGUUGUUAAACAAAAGAGCAACUUAAUAGUUAAUUAUGAAACUGUAGAAAAUGAAGUGAAUAAUGAAUGUGAAGAAAGCGUAAUAAUAGGUAACGAUCAAAAUGAAGAAAGCAGUUUAAAUAAUGGUCAACCUGAAGAAACUGAAGUAGAUGAUAAUGAAAAUGAAACAAAUACUGAACACGAAGAAAGCGAAGUAGAUAAAGAUCAAAAUGAAGUAGAUAAUGACCGACUUGAAGAAAAUAAAGAAGGUGAUGAUGAAAAUGAAGAUGACGGCUGCGAAGUAGAUAAUGAUGAAAAUCAAGAAAGCGAAGUAGUUAACGAUGAAAUUGAGAUAGAUGCUGAAUUUGAAGAAAGUCAAUUAGAUAAUAGUGAAAAUGAAGAAGAAUUAGAUAACGAUGAAAUUGAGGCAGAAGCUAAAUGUGAAAAAAGCCAAUCAGAUAAUGGUGAAUGUGAAGAAAAAAAAUUAGAAGGUGAAAUUGUGGUAGAUGCUAAAUUUAAAGAAAGCCAAUUAGGUAAUGGUGAAAAUGAAGAAAACGAAGUAGAUAGUGAUAAUAAUGAAGAGAACGAACUAGAUAAUGAUGAAAAUAAAGAAAUCGAAUCGGAUAGUGAUGAAAGUGAAGAAAACGAAGUGCAUAAUGAAGAAAACGAAGAUAAUGAAACAGAUAACGAUGCAAAUGAAGAAGAGGUUGAAUGUGAAGAAAGCGAAGUAGAUUAUGAUGAGGAUGAAGCUGAUAACGACGAAAAUGUCGUGGACGCUCAAAGCGAAGUAGAGAAUGAUCAAAUUAGAGAAAAUGCAGAAGAUAGUGAUGAAAAUGAAGAUACUGGAGUAGGUGAUGACGAAAACGAAGUAGAUGAUGAAAACGGAGAAAGCAAUGAAGAUGACGAUGAUAACAAAGAAAAAGAAGUUCAAUCUAGGGUUAUUUCUAGUGAUGAAGUUAUAGAAGAAUCGCCAAAUGUCACACACGACACAACUGGCAGAAAUAGGACGAAAAUAAAAUCUCCAGAAUUAGUUCUUCAUGACAAAACUAAACAACAGAUUUCAUUUAUUUCCAAAGGUCGUAACACCAGUAUCAGGGAAACUAAUACCAUGUACAAAGAUUUAAAUAUAAAACCUAGUUUGGCACCGCCUAGAGAUAGUCUAGGAUUAUCUGCAGGUGAUUCUAGUGCUGAUGGCUCGGGUUGGGAUUCGCACAGAACCACACGAAAGACACUAAGACAAACGUUUGGCAAAGAUUUUACUCCACGGAAAUCUUUAAGAGCGCUUGUGAUGGAGAAAUCCGCAAAACAAAGCGAGAAUGUGCAGACAAUACAAUCCGAAACAGUAUUACUACCACAAGCAAACUCUACGGAGUAUCCUCAAGAUUCUCAUAGUGAAGUUGAUGUAACGAUGGAAUCAGAUCACGAGAUAUCGAGAAGAACGCGACAGACGACAUUAGAAACAUAUUUACAAAAGAUGAAGCAGAAAAAUCUUGAAAAGAAUUUAAAAAUGGAAGAAGCUAUAAGAAACUCUUUAAAAGCUCCUCCUACACGAGAUACUAUGAGCUUAUUCAAAGUGCCCUCAAAACCACCACCUCGAAGACCCCAACCUACCUCAAAUAAACCAAAGAAACAAUUGAAAUCCAUAUUGUUUGAUGAGUUACCUUCUGAAGUGAUCGAGGACAUGAAGUAUAAGCCACCUAAGAGAUUCCAGCCUUCUAACGCAUCGUGGAUUACUAAAAGACUGUAUAAGUUUUUGGAAGGCAAACUAGAAUCAAAAUAUGACUACAAAGCGCGUGUUCGAGCUGAAAAGUUAGUAGAAACAAUAUACCACUUCGCCAAAGACCUGCGCAGACAUACCGUGGCCCCUGUGGACGCGGUGGACGUGCUCAAGCACGAACUGGCGAGGCUCGAGGUCGUGAAGACCCACUUUGAAUUCUAUGAGUUCUUCCACGAGUUUAUGCCCCGAGAAGUGAGAGUCAAGGUUGUUCCUGACAUAGUAAACAAAAUUCCACUGCCUCGACAUGGCGUAUUUGCAGACAUCUUGAGAGGGACCACAGUUCAGAGAUAA